GAAAAAGCUUCCACAUCACUCUGCAACUUAAGAACUCCUUCGAAAAUGGCUAACACAGGCAUCCCUACUGUGGACGUUUCUCUGUUCUUAAGUGAAGGUGAAAACGAAGCCAAAAAACAGGCCCUUCAAACCAUAACUGAUGCUUGUUCAAGCUAUGGCUUCUUUCAAAUUGUGAACCAUGGAAUCCCCGUUGAGUUUCUUAAAGAAGCUCUGCAACUGUCAAAAACAUUUUUCCACUACCCUGAUGAGAUAAAGCUUCAAUAUAGCCCCAAGCCUGGGGCUCCCCUUCUUGCUGGCUUCAACAAGCAGAAGACAAAUUGUGUAGACAAGAAUGAAUAUGUCCUCAUUUUCCCUCCUGGAUCCAAAUUCAACAUCUACCCACAAGAGCCACCACAAUUCAAGGAAACGCUGGAAGAGAUGUUCCUGAAACUAAACGAUGUGUCCUUGGUUAUAGAGAGCAUAUUGAAUGAGUGUUUGGGGCUUGCUCCUGGUUUCCUCAAACAAUUCAACAAUGACAGAAGCUGGGACUUCAUGACUAAUCUCUACUAUUUCCCUGCAGCUGAUGUGGGAGAAAAUGGCCUCAUUCACCAUGAAGAUGCAAACUGCAUCACUUUGGUGAUCCAGGAUGAUGCUGGAGGCCUUCAAGUCCAGAAGGACAGCGAAUGGAUUCCAGUCACCCCUGUUGAAGGAGCUAUUGUUGUGAACGUGGGAGAUAUGAUUCAGGUGUUGAGCAACAAGAAAUUCAAGAGCGCCACACACAGAGUGGUGAGGCAAAAGGGAAAAGAGAGAUAUUCUUUUGCAUUCUUCCGCAGCUUGCAUGGAGACAAAUGGGUGGAGCCAUUGCCAGAGUUCACUAAAGAAAUUGGAGAGAAACCCAAAUACAGAGGAUUUGAGUUCAAUGAAUACUUAGCGUUGAGAUUGAAGAACAAAACCCAUCCACCUUCAAGAGUGGAGGAUGAGAUUAGCAUCAAACAUUAUGAAAUCAAUUGAAAAAUAUAUGUAAGAACAGAACCAACCACAGAGAAAAAUAAUGUAAAAGCACUUCCUGCCAUCUCUAUCUGUUGCUUUUACUGUCAUGAAAGCUCGAGAGAGCCCUUUAAACUCGCUUGUUGUAUGGUCAUUUCAUUUCAUCAUCCUACACUAUGUUCAGUCUUUAUAUUAGAAAUGUAUGAAGAGAGAAAAAAAAAAAAAA